AUGGGAAUUUAAACGACACAGCAGGUCUUGUGUAAGCGUUGUGAGGGUUCAGUUUAGUUCUCUUUUUACCGAUAUGGAUGAUAUUAAUGAAAACCCCACAUCAAUGUACUUUUAUCAAAAUAGACUUUCAACAUUCUCCGGAUGGCCUUUUGAGGAGAACUGCGACUGUACCCCUGAGAAUAUGGCUAAAGCUGGAUUCAUUCACACACCCUCUGCAAACAGCCCUGACAUAGCACAGUGCUUCUUUUGUCUAAAAGAGCUGGAGGGAUGGGAACCUGAAGAUGAUCCAGUAAAGGAGCACAAGGCACAUUCACCCAACUGUAACUUUAUCACAAUGAAGAAGUCAGUGGAGUGUCUGACUGUGGAGGAGUUUCUUCGACUCCAGAAAGAGAGACAGAAGUUUAUAAUUAAAAAGAUGUGCAACCAAGCUAUUGACAAAUUUGAAGAAGCUGUAAAGCUGAAAAGAGGACAGAUCAUCCAGACUGCCAUGGAGGAAGAAUAAAGAUGGACAAGCUGUUUGUUCCAGACAUUUGUUUGUUGCCUUUUAUCCUGUAAAGACUGUACUUGGUUGGAAUGACAGUGUGCAGGUGUAUAUAGUCUUCUAUCCAGGAAUUUUAAAUAUGAUUAUGUUUAUCUUUCAGUUCUAAUGUAACAUUGUUUAAUCUGCUGUAAAUAAAUUGUAAAUUGUAAA